AUGAAGGAAGCAGAGAUUGUCGGGGAACAAUCGCAUCGUUCAAGUUAUGACGCAAAAUCUUCUGAGGAAAAACCACUGCAGCCAAGUCAAAUCAGUAUGGAUGAGAUUUUCUGUACGAAUGCGACCAAAGGCGAUGACACCACCAAAGAGUGCAACUGUAAUGCAUGCCUUCUUACGAAAAUGAGUGACGAAGAAAGGGCAAAAUUUACUAGGCAACCAUUAGAAAGGCCGAAAGUCGCAUCUCCAAGGGAAGACUCAGAGCAACGUUUCCACUUCUGUGAGAGGAGAACGAGCAAUAACGACCAGAGCUCUGAUUGGGUUGAAGAACUGGUUCGAGACGACACCGCACGGACUUCCCAAGACGUUCGUCCUGUCAAGCGACUCCACCCACGACAAUUACCAACGCAGUCCGCAGGAGCCGGCACGAUAGAUUACAAGACAACAGCACUGACUGGAAAGCCCACGAGGUCAUCAAGAAGCGGCCAAGUGAGAAGUUCGUUGAAAAGCUCCACAAUGGAGGACUCAGAACAGUGGCUAAAGUCCUUGGUGGGGGAACCCGAUAAGCCCGUAGAGGUUCCAGUAGACAAAGCACCACCCAUGAGCGAAACGAAUAAGUCCCAGAAAGCUUCAGAGGAUAAAGUCAAGCGUGAAACUCCAGAUAUGGAAGCGACUCGUAGCAAAACCGAUCAGGAGACCAAGAAGGAUCCGCAAGGAUAG